AUGCAUUUGGGUUUGGAAUUUAUUUGGAGUGCAUUUAGGGUGAAUUUUAGUAGUAUUUGGUUUGUGAAGAUUGACUGUGAGCCAGCAGUGCGAGCCUUCCGCGAAACCCAAACGCCCACGCCUAGCUUUUCGCAAAGACACGCCUACAUUGUAACAAGUAUUAAACCACACAGAAAUGAGAGAUGCAAUUCGUUUGUUGCAAGUGAUUUGAGAAGAUUUGUAGGCGCGGAUUUGAGGGAGAGGGGAGAAAAGCUCACCCUUAAAAUGAAUGGCUGUCAGGAAAGAAUGAUUUCGCUCAAACUACUUGUGGACGUUCAAGUGAAGUGA